AAAAUAAAAAAAAGAGAGGAAAAAAAUUAGCAAAGAAAUCUUUUUAGAAGACAAAAAAAAAGAAAAACAGAAGAUAAAAAAAUUUUACGAUCAAAUCAAAAUAUUUAUUGCAUUUGACAAUCAUCAGCCAUAGCUGAAUAUCAAGUCGUCAUUAACUUUAUGCUGUGAAAUUUUCCAAUCAACACGAGCUGAAAAAUUUCUGUGACACAAAAAAAAAUAUCUUAAAAAAAUUUUUAAAAUUUUUUUCCUGUCAAACACAAAAAAAAAAUUUUUUGAAUGGCUGAUAAGAAACGCGAAGUCGAUUGCGUUCAUGAGGAGAUUCAGUGCAUUGAGAUUGAAUACAAUGAGAUUGAAAUUAUUAAGUUGAUUGGAAAAGGAAGCUUUGGGAGUGUUUAUAAGGCUUUAUGGAGGAACAAAACUGUUGCGGUUAAGGAAUUAUCGAUAUUGCCGGAAAAAGGACCAUUGGUUGAGGUUCGCUACCUUUCCCGUGUGCAACAUCGAAAUAUCAUCGGACUUUAUGGAACAGUCAUAAAAGGACCAAGUGUUAGUCUUGUUAUGGAAUAUGCAGAAGAUGGUUCGCUCUACAAUUUACUUCAUUGUUCAAGAAUCGAAUAUUCAGCGAGUCAUGCAAUGUCUUGGUGUAGACAAUGUGCUGAUGGUGUUGCUUACCUUCAUGCAAUGAGACCAAAGCCCUUGAUUCACAGAGAUUUAAAGCCACCAAAUCUGCUUCUAGUCAAUAAUGGAUUGAUUCUUAAAAUUUGUGAUUUCGGCACAGUCACAGACAAAUCAACGUUGAUGACAAAUAACAAAGGAAGUGCUGCUUGGAUGGCACCGGAAGUUUUUGAAGGCUCAAUAUAUUCAGAACGAUGUGACGUCUUUAGUUGGAGUAUAAUUUUAUGGGAAUGCCUUGGACGAGAACUUCCAUUUAAAGAAAUUGAACUGACUUACAGUAUCAUGUGGUGUGUCCAUAAAGGUCAACGUCCACACAAAAUCGACGGUCUUCCAAAGCCAAUUAAUCAACUCAUGGUUCAAUGUUGGGAUCCACUUCCACAAAAUCGUCCAUCAAUGGAUGAAGUUCAUGAGCGAAUGAAAAUCCUUUGUGACUUUUUCCCAGAUUGUGAGCCAUUGAACAUGUUCGAUGAACCAUAUGAAGAUGAAGAAUCCAAUCUUGACACAUACGAUUUUGAUUCAAUUUAUUGGCCAACAGAACAGACUGAUAUGCCACAAAUUCGUGUCAGUUCAACGAUCGAUUCAACGUGUCACAGCACAUCACGUACGCCUACACAACAUUUACUUAAUCCAAUGAGUGGAGAUGCGCGUUGGUCAAGUGGUGAGUCAGGAAAUCCAAGAAUUGUCUCUUUGGGACAUAAUGGAGCACCGAUGGUACGUGGAAAUAGUAAUAAUAGUCCAAUGGCACCACUUAAUGUUGAUAUUGAUCCUAAUGCUUGGGAUUUAAAGACUCAUGAUCUGCAGAGAUUGGUUGGUGGAGAUUAUGCAAAAAAUCAAGGCAUAGCAAUCACAAAAAACACAGCAUCAACAACACUUCACACAGAUCAUCAUCAGCCGUAUGCGUCAUCACAUUCGCCACAGUCAAGUACGCAUGUGAGCGUUGAAUCAACGUCAAUUAAUGGAUUUCCGACUAGCCGAAGUGAACUCGACAUUGCGAUGCUACAGAUUCUUGAUCCACAUUUGAGACCAAUACCACCUGCAAAUGAUCCAACGUCACAGAAAAUUUAUAAAGAACAUAUGGAUUUGGCGCAGGAGUACUUUAAGACCCAAACAGAGAUAGCAUACCUAACCAAACACACAGAAAAAAUUCUUCAUGGAAUGCAACCAGAAGAGCGGCAAUGCCGAAUGGAUAUUUGUAAUAAGUUGAAAGAAAAGGAAUCACUACUAAAACUAGAAUUGUCGCUAAGAAAACAGCUAGAAAAGGUGAAAAUUGAACAAGAUCAUGAUGUCGUGAAUGAAGAUGGUUUUUGUGUUCUCUGACAAAAUCGAAAUGCUUAAUUACUGUAAGGUCAAUAUUAGGAUUAUCAAUAAAAUCCAUAAAAUUACUCAUAUUGAAGUAAAAGGAUGUAAUUAAUGAAUACAAAGUAUGAGCUGUGAAAUGAGUCAGAAAAUUAUUUAAAAAUGUUAUUUUUGAAUUUUAAAAACAUCAUUCAAAGAUAAUUUGCAGCAAAUCUAAAGAGUUUGAAUCUAAAAUUCAUUUUAUAGUUGCAUAAAAGUCCCAAAUAAUCUUUGGACUCUCGAAAAUCAAAUAAAAUGAAGAAAAAAUUUUUUGACAAAUUUUAAAAAUGAUUUAGAUUUAUUGACCAAAAGUUAAAAAUCUGAAAUAAAACUUUUUUAAAAAGCUUUGAGACACUUCAAUAAUGAAAAUUAAAACUAUUUUAUAAUAGAAUAAUCGAAUUUAAAUUACAAGUGAACAUCUUUCAUAGACAAAUCCAUAAUGACAAGAAGAAAUAAAAAUUAUAACCUGAAAAAAUCAAUAAAUUCUUAUGGAUAAAAUCUUAAAGUAAAGAAACAUAUUCAGAAAGUUUUUGAAAAUUUAAUUCAGCAUACAAAAGCUUUUUAAAAAUUCUGAAUCUGUUAAAAGAUAUGGAAAUUAGCCAAAGG